CGGUGGGCACUUUUUCAGGGAGACGCGCUCCUUUACGGAUAUUGCCUGGAGUACAGCUAAACAUCGAGUCACCGCAAAAGUUACCACACCCCAGGAGCUACCGUCGGCAGGCGAGGUGAAGAUGGUGGACCGGCUUGCUAACAGCGAGGCCAACUCUAAGCGGAUCGGAUUGGUGGAGAGCUGCUUUGGCGCCGCGGGCCAGCCCCUCGCCAUCCCCGGUCGCGUGCUAAUCGGAGAGGGCGUCCUCACCAAACUUUGCCGCAAGAAGCCUAAAGCCCGCCAGUUCUUCCUCUUCAACGAUAUCCUGGUCUACGGCAACAUUGUUAUCCAGAAAAAGAAAUACAACAAGCAGCACAUCAUCCCUCUAGAGGGCGUCACCAUCGACACGGUGCCUGACGACGGCGAGCUGCGGAACGGCUGGCUAAUCAAGACCCCCACCAAGUCCUUCGCCGUCUACGCCGCUACCGCCACGGAGAAGUCCGAAUGGAUGAACCACAUCGGGAAAUGUGUGAGAGAGCUGCUGCAGAAGAGUGGCAAAUCCCCGACCGGCGAGCACGCCGCCGUCUGGGUGCCUGACUCCGAGGCCACCGUGUGCAUGCGCUGCAAGAAGGUGAAGUUCACGCCCGUCAGCCGGCGCCACCACUGCAGGAAGUGCGGCUACGUGGUUUGUGGGCCUUGCUCAGAGAAGAAGUUCCUGCUUCCCAGCCAGUCGUCCAAGCCGGUGCGCGUGUGCGAGCAUUGCUACGGGAUGCUGUCAGGAAGCCUCGGGCGGCAAUCGGAGUCCAUGAGCCGAUCGGGCGCCAACUUCAACAACACCCUGUCGGACGAUGACGACGAUGACGACAGCAGUGACUGAGGAACGCCCAAACCUCCACAGGACUCAUCUUGUCUCGCCACUGAGGAGAAUAUACUCUUCCUCUCAAGAUAUCACCUAAUUAUUUCCUUAUUUUCCUUGUUUCUUUGAUCGAAUCUCGAUUCAAGAAGAGGAUUUUUUUUUUUGUUUUGUUUUGUUUUUCAGGAUUCCUUUCUAUGAACCUAAAUGAUGAAUUUCCUCCGGGAAAAAUUAAGUUCCUGAAACAGUAAAUCAUCAGGAAAACCUGGAAGUAACUGGGUGACCAGCAGAACUCUGGGAUUAAGUCAGACUGUUCAUCACAGCUUCACCUUGUUCUCAUGCCUCCUAAUUAGGCUAAUUCACUACAAAACAAAGGUGCUAACGAGAUAUUACUCCUGCACUGUCCCCUCAACUUAAUUUCUCCUGAAUAGUUUCUGUUGCUCCUUGUUAUUUCAUUUCUACAACUUAAACUAAGACGAUAAUUAGCAGGAAACGGAGAGUCUUACCCCCCUAACGCCUCUGUCGGCCUUUCUUCUAACAGAUUAUGGAGUUUCUCUACACUUUUUUUUUGUAGAUUUGUCCUCAGAUAAUUAUAGAUUUUUCUGUUUUUUUAUCUGAUGAAAUGUAGAUGCCACGCUAAAUGUAGAGAUUUUCUAGUUGAACUAAUGCAGUUGCUUUUGACAAAUCAGCCAAGGUCCCCAAAACUAACUGUAGCCUCCGCCUGUACUUCACGUAGUGCCUUCUAGCAAACUGAGCUUAUGCAUAAAUGAAACAAAGCUGCAAAAAAAACAAAAAGGUAAAACCCACCCAUCCAGGAUGGGUCAACUCCUGAACACCAGGCAGAUUAUCAAAGGAAGUGUGUUGUGAUUGGUCAGGAUCUGGCACAGUGCCUUGUUAGUCAGAGGAUGGACAAGAGAAUUAUGCAGACAGUCCUCAGGUUUCCCAGACAGAAAACUCAGUAAAAUGUUGCAUAAAUCGGAUUUUGACCUGAAUAUUUUCCUGUUUCUUUGCGGUUUCAGUUGGUUCCCGUAUCCACCGUUGUUGGUUGCAUGUUUUCAGAGUUGCAAUCAGCCUCCUGAAACUCACCCGCCUGGGAAUUCCUGGAAUUUGGACCUAGUAUUACCUCAUGGGUGGAGUUCUGUGGAAAACAAAAGGAAAACAUGACGAUGGCUGCAGAUUUUACUUAGCUGGCAAAUUGCUUUUCGGGAACAAACGUUCAAGUGUCUUUUGCACCUGGAUGGAUUUUCUUUUUCUUUUUGUGUUUUGAUUAGAGAGGCAUGGAACAGAUUUAGUCUGAUUUCUGUUUAGUGUGAGAAAAACCUAAUAGUGACCUGAGAUGUUUAAUUUAGUGCUCUAAAGAGAAUAAACCCCCCCUGUUUGUGUAGUCUGUUUACUAUAAUUAAUGAAUGAAAACUAGUAGUACUUGCAAUAAUCAGGAAGGGGUUUUUUCCUGCUUACAUAUGCAAUUCCUCUGUGAUCUGAGGCGUUCCGGAAUGAAAGUCAGGAAAUCAUCGCUGCGUCUUCCUGCCCGUCUCUCCUCCCUCCGCUGAUCUGAGGUCAGAUGAGUCAGAAAACAAACAGCGAUCCUCUGAACUCCGCUUCCUUCCCCUCAGUCGCACUUUCCAAGGAGCGGCCAGAGUCACAUGGCGCCGUCAUGUGAUCAGGGACCAAACCUGGAAGUGAAAGAGGGCUGGGUGGAACCAGGACUACCUGUCCCAGCCUGCACAAGAGUUCAUGUCAUUAGUUCUCAGAGAGUCUUCUGGAGAGUUUCAUUCCUCUAACAGGAAGUUUAAAAUAAGAGAAUGUUUUAUAAUAAAUGGAUGCUGAAGCUGAAAAGCAAGCAGGAGUCAGAGGAUUUCUUGCUGCAUUUCUGCAAAAAAAAGAAUAAAAAUUAACAUUAAAAUGCAAGAUUAACAAAAAUAUCAAACUCUUACCAGUGUUUGCUGCUUCCUAAAUAAUAGUAUUGAAGAUGAUGCAGUGCUUAUUGCAAACAAACGACAUAAACAUCUUUAUACCUGCAGGAUAUUAGCUCAGAAAGUGUCACAGGUUGAGUAACACUUUAUCCGUCCUAACUAAAAAUCAUUUCAGCCAGCCGUGAAGCGAAGCUGCACAUCAGUAUCACAUCUUUCUUGAUAAAUACAUCAAUUCCUAUAGAGUUUUGUAAUAUUUGAACAUUUUUGUUUGCUAAACUGAGUCAGGAUGAAUUAAUUAUACUGUAAUUAGUCUUUGUCUUCAGUGUUUCCAUCAUUAUUUCUUCUGCCUGCUGUUGGAAUGAAACUCAUUUGAGUUAUGAUUAGAAACAGUUCGGGGAAUAUAAAGUUUUAUUUGCUUUAAAUUCAGAUGAUUAUUUUUUGUUUUAAACUGAGCACUAUGUGUUGUUUUUUUUUUUGUUUGUCUAUACUGAGUCGGCAUUAAACACACCGCUUACGGCAACAGAAGGAAAAAAGGGAUUUUCUUAUUUUUGUCUUAUCGAUGCAAUUUUUGUGUUGCUCCGAUUAAAUGGCCACCUGUGAUUGGAGGAAUGAGCAGGUGUUGAUCACUAACUAGCUGUGCUUUAUAGUUGCUGUGGCUGAUGUGCUGAACCCAGAAGCACCGAGUCGGGCCUCAGGUUUGCUGUGGAUUGCACUUAAAUAGCCGACACAUGGACUCUGCUCCGGGUCGCUCCUGAAACAUCCUGUCAGACUCUUUUUUUUUUUUGUUCCUGAUGAUUUUUGUACAUGUGUGCAGAUUUGUUUUAGGUUGCGCAGUCCUGAUCAUUACCAGAAUUUGUCUGUGCUCUGCUAUUUUUUCUUUCUGCUUCCUUUGAGCUUUUUCAAAGAUGCUUAUCAUACAAAACACACCAAGUAGGAAUCUUUAUGAUUUAAUCCUCAAUUUACAGACAGCAUUUGCGGGAUUUUACUGGUUUAUAUUCAUAACACUCAGAGGUUUAAGGGGUUUUAUCCUAACUUGGCCAGCUUGAUCAACCAAAGUCCAACAGGUUUGAUUAAAAAUUAAACGUUUAUUUGAUGCUGAAGCAUCAGCGUUGAAAAGAAAUUCUUCCAAAAUGAAACAGCAGAGCAAAAAUCCGUUGGCUGCCCUGCAGCGCCCACACACAUCCAGCCAUUACCUGAGUAACUAGGUUACCUGAGUGCAAACAAACAGGUUAUUUACCAGUUUACAGUUGACUGACUGUGCAACAGAAUAGAAAUCCAGCAGGGGAUCGUCUAAAUGCUUCCUGAUGGCGCACAUUUACAACACGGUUAAAAUCUCUCCUCUUACUGAUUAUGUAUUAAAGGUUUCUGAUUACAUUUAUGAUGCGUUCUCUCCAUUUUCUUGUUUGUUUUUGUUUUAAACGCUGCAGCUUUGAUUAUGACAAUGACGCAUGUACACAAAUGAUCAAGUAACCUGAUUUUUAUUGUUUUGUGGAGGGUUUAUUUUAAACAAAGCUUGUGAUGGGGCCACCAAGAGAACGGAGAAGGUUGUAUUAAUAAACAUUAAACAAGGAUUUUCUUCA